AAACCGUCGUUUUCUACACCGAUCCCCGAUUACAUGCUCAUCGCGACGGGGAAGGGGAAGGAGGAAAAGAAAAAUUCCUUUUCGGAUUAUGGUUUACUAGAUAGACCGACAAGUUUCCUACAUGAAAUUGCUGAAACUUCGUUUCUGGGUACUUCUCUUUGUGUUCUUUAUCGGGUGAGUAUCACUUGGGUCAUUUCUUGAUUUUUCUAAAAUUUCUCGGUCAUUUGAUGAAAUCAAGUGAUGAAUUCAUGCAACCCUAAGUGUGAAUUCUUUCCCGAUGAAGUAGUACUUCAGAUUCUUGCAAGAUUGCCAAUCAAAUCAGUUUUUAGAGCAAAAUGUGUUUGCAAACUGUGGUAUAAGCUGAUCUCUGAUAAAUACUUUACAAGGCUGUAUAACGAGGUUUCUGUUAGGAAUCUUAUGGUGCUUGUAGAAAUCAGUGAGCCCUCUUCGGAAUCAAGAUCAAGUUUGAUACUUGUUGAUAAUUUAAGGGGUGUCUCUGAAUUUUCACUGAGUUUUAUCAAUGACAGAGUUAAGAUUAGAGCAUCUUGUAAUGGGUUGUUAUGCUGCUCUAGCAUUCCUGAUAAGGGUGUUUAUUAUGUCUGUAAUCCAAUGACUAAGGAGUAUAGAUUGCUGCCGAAAAGUCGGGAAAGGCCUGUGUCUAGAUUUUAUCCUGAUGGUGAAGCAACUCUUGUAGGCUUGGCUUGCAAUUUGUCCACACAAAAUUAUAAUGUUGUGCUGGCUGGGUACCAUCGAUCUUUUGGGCAUAGGCCCGAGAGGACUUUUAUAUGUUCAGUGUUUGAUUCGGUUUCAAACAAGUGGAGAAAGUUUGUAACUUUUCAAGAUGAUCACUUCAUGCAUAUGAAAUGGAACCGGGUUGUGUUUACUAAUGGUGCACUGCAUUGGCUAACAGCAAGUUGUUCUUGUGUGCUUGUUCUCGACUUGGAUUCUGAGGUCUGGAGGAAGAUGUCAUUACCUAAUCAAGUGAUUUCUGGAAAUGGAAACCGUAUUUAUUUAUUGGAAUUUGAUGGGCGAUUGUCUGUGGUUCAAAUUUCAGAUGUGUGGAUGAAUAUUUGGGUAAUGAAAGAUUAUGAGAGGGAAGAAUGGCAUAUGGUGGAUAGAGUGAGCCUUAGAUGCAUAAGAGGGAUGGUGCCCGGUGUUUUCCCAAUAAGUCAGACUGGUGAAUAUAUUUUCCUUGCAACUCACAAGCAAGUUCUGGUUUAUCAGCGAAAUACGCGAGUUUGGAUGGAGGUGUAUUCAGUGAAGAAUAGUGCCAUCCUCCCAUUGUGGUUUUCCGCUCAUGCCUUUCGGAGCACAAUGUUCUCUUGCCAGUAACAUUGGUGUAGAUAUACUUCUGAUUGCUAUUAUUCCUAGUGUUUAUUCUUAAAUGGUUAAGUGCAUAGUUUACAGUUUGCGCAUCUAUCAGGUCUUUGUAAAACUUCUGUAUCAUGUACUAAGUUAACAAUCUUGUGUUGUUAAUAAAAUGUGGUGCAGUUAUUCAUGA